AUGGCGGUGGUCACAGCAGAAGAGGAGAAGGGACAAGAUGAACUUGACCUGACAGACAAACACAGGGAAGCCAUGUUUGCACUUCCAGCUGAGAAAAAAUGGCAAAUAUACUGUAGCAAGAAAAAGGAUCAGGAAGAAAACAAGGGAGCAACAAGUUGGCCUGAAUUCUACAUCGAUCAGCUCAAUUCCAUGGCUGCUAGAAAAUCUCUCCUGGCUUUAGAGAAGGAAGAGGAAGAAGAGAGAAGUAAAACUAUAGAGAGUUUGAAGACAGCACUAAGGACAAAACCAAUGAGGUUUGUAACCAGAUUCAUCGACUUGGAUGGCCUGUCAUGUAUUCUCAACUUUCUAAAGACCAUGGACUACGAGACCUCAGAGUCUCGAAUACAUACCUCUCUCAUUGGAUGUAUAAAGGCGCUAAUGAACAACUCUCAAGGUCGGGCUCAUGUCCUGGCUCACUCUGAGAGUAUUAAUGUGAUUGCUCAGAGUCUGAGCACAGAGAACAUUAAAACGAAGGUGGCCGUGCUGGAAAUCUUGGGCGCCGUGUGCCUGGUUCCCGGGGGCCACAAGAAGGUUCUGCAGGCCAUGCUGCACUACCAGAAGUAUGCCAGUGAAAGAACCCGCUUUCAGACGUUGAUUAAUGACUUGGAUAAAAGCACAGGGCGGUAUCGAGAUGAAGUGAGUCUCAAGACUGCCAUCAUGUCCUUCAUCAAUGCAGUGCUAAGCCAAGGUGCAGGAGUGGAAAGUUUGGACUUUAGACUUCAUCUUCGCUAUGAAUUUCUGAUGUUAGGAAUUCAGCCUGUAAUAGAUAAAUUAAGGGAACAUGAAAAUUCAACACUAGAUAGACAUUUAGAUUUUUUUGAAAUGCUCCGAAAUGAAGAUGAACUAGAAUUUGCCAAAAGAUUUGAACUGGUUCACAUAGACACAAAAAGUGCGACUCAGAUGUUUGAGCUGACCAGGAAGAGGCUGACCCAUAGUGAAGCUUACCCUCACUUCAUGUCCAUCCUGCACCACUGCCUCCAAAUGCCUUACAAGAGAAGUGGCAACACCGUUCAGUACUGGCUACUACUAGAUAGAAUUAUACAGCAAAUAGUUAUUCAAAAUGACAAAGGACAGGACCCCGACACCACACCUUUGGAAAACUUUAAUAUUAAGAAUGUCGUACGAAUGUUGGUUAAUGAAAAUGAAGUUAAGCAGUGGAAAGAACAAGCGGAAAAGAUGAGAAAAGAGCACAAUGAGUUACAACAGAAAUUGGAAAAGAAGGAGCGUGAAUGUGAUGCCAAGACCCAAGAGAAGGAGGAGAUGAUGCAGACCUUAAAUAAAAUGAAAGAGAAACUUGAAAAGGAGACUAGCGAGCAUAAGCAAGUCAAGCAGCAGGUGGUGGAUCUCACGGCACAGCUCCACGAGCUCAACAGGAGAGCUGUCUGUGCUUCAAUCCCAGGUGGACCCUCACCUGGAGCCCCAGGGGGGCCCUUUCCUUCCUCUGUACCAGGGUCCCUCCUUCCGCCCCCACCACCUCCACCCCUGCCAGGUGGGAUGCUUCCUCCUCCGCCCCCUCCCCUUCCUCCAGGCGGCCCUCCCCCUCCCCCGGGGCCGCCUCCCUUAGGGGGGAUCAUGCCACCUCCUGGUGCUCCACUGGGUCUGGCACUCAAGAAGAAAAACAUUCCUCAGCCCACAAAUGCCCUGAAAUCCUUCAACUGGUCUAAGCUGCCUGAGAAUAAACUGGAAGGCACAGUAUGGACCGAAAUUGAUGAUACAAAAGUCUUCAAAAUUCUAGAUCUUGAAGACCUGGAAAGAACUUUCUCUGCCUACCAAAGACAGCAGGAUUUCUUUGUGAACAGUAACUCCAAGCAGAAAGAAGCAGAUGCCAUUGAUGACACACUGAGUUCCAAACUUAAAGUCAAAGAACUUUCAGUGAUUGAUGGUCGGAGAGCUCAGAAUUGCAACAUCCUUCUGUCGAGGUUGAAACUGUCCAAUGAUGAAAUCAAACGGGCAAUUCUAACAAUGGACGAGCAGGAAGAUCUGCCCAAAGACAUGUUGGAACAGCUCUUGAAAUUUGUUCCCGAAAAAAGUGACAUUGACCUGUUGGAGGAACAUAAACAUGAACUGGAUCGGAUGGCCAAGGCUGAUAGAUUCCUUUUUGAAAUGAGCCGAAUUAAUCAUUAUCAGCAAAGACUACAAUCACUAUACUUCAAAAAGAAGUUUGCAGAGCGUGUGGCAGAAGUGAAACCUAAAGUAGAAGCAAUUCGUUCUGGCUCAGAAGAGGUGUUUCGGAGCCGCGCCCUGAAGCAGUUGCUAGAAGUGGUUUUGGCAUUUGGAAAUUACAUGAAUAAAGGCCAAAGAGGCAAUGCAUAUGGAUUCAAGAUCUCCAGCCUAAACAAGAUUGCUGACACAAAAUCUAGUAUUGACAAGUAA